AGAGAGAGAGAGAGAGAGAGAGAGAGAGAGAGAGAGAGAGAGAAGGGGGUGGGGGUGAGAAGGGAGAAGAGCAUGUGUGAUUUGGUGGCCCGCACGGGUCGACAUCAGCAGCGAUACGAGGCCGGUUGUCGCCUUGUUGCCGGGUGUAUACCAUUCAAAUAUAGAAAAUGUGAUGAAAGUUGUGGCUCUAAGCCCAAGAAGAUUGUUGAAGUUCUUAUGAUAAAUUCACAAAGUGGACCAGGCCUCCUGUUUCCAAAGGGAGGAUGGGAAAAUGAUGAAACUGUUGAAGAGGCUGCUGUAAGAGAAGCUCUUGAAGAAGCAGGAGUUCGAGGGGAUAUAAUGGAAUUUUUGGGAUUCUAUUACUUCAAAAGCAAAAGUCAUCAAGAUGAGUUCAGCCCAGAAGGCUUGUGCAAAGCUGCAAUGUUUGCUAUGCAUGUCAAGGAGGAGCUCGGCUCAUGGCCAGAACAAAGCACACGCCAUCGGAGAUGGCUUACCAUUCCUGAAGCUGGGGAGCAAUGUAGGCAUCCAUGGAUGCGGGAAGCCCUUCUUGAGGGAUUCUCAAAGUGGCAUGCCAAUAAAAUGAUGAGUGCCGAAGAGGAUCAUCCUGGCCCCAUCAGUUCCACCCCAGCAAGAUGACCAAGCUCUCUGAGUCCUAGGCUUUUUUUUUUCCCCUUUUUUUUCCAUGAAGAUACAAAAACAACACCAAUAUCCAGAUGUUUACUUUUUAACCUCUUCUUAUUUGAAUAUGUACUGCUGACUUUGGAUGUAUUUGCACAUUUUUUCCCCUUUUGUUUAAAGAAGAUCCAGAGACAACACACACCAGUGCUCUUCUGA